AUGUGGGACGUUGCAUGGACGGAUCCCGACAGGGAGACAGUUAGACAGAGAAGGUUCCGCAAAGAUCCAAAAGCUCCAUCUUCCAGGCAUCUAGGAUAUCUUUCUCGUCGAACAUCGAUUUUAGGAUUCAACUCAAGAGACCGUCAUCACGCUAAGCCAUCCUUCUUUGGUCUUUUUAUCGGCGGCGGGUUUUCAAAUAGGAGGAGGAAAAAGUCCGAUCUCAAGGAGAGCUCUGUUUCUAAACUGAGCCCCGUGAACCCGAAUCAAAGAUGUAAAGAAGCUUCUCAAUGGGCGAAUGAUUUGCGUGAGAACCCUCCAGGAAGCCCAAUAGGGCCGCCAGAAUCAUCAAAUACGGCGCCGUCCGACCAGUGUUCAGUGGAUGCUCAAACUGAUGUGCACUAUUAUUCCGACACGGAACGAAAUUCAGACCUUGCCGAGUCUAUCUUUUCCGAGCGGACAGGUAGAUCAGCAAAGACACAUUCAACUUGGAGUGCUGGAGCUGACCCCAACUGCCCUCAAAAAGGCCACCCGAAUCUGGGUCUGGCGCCAGUCACCCUGAGAAAUCACCGAAAUAUCGCUGGCAAAGAGAAAAGGGUUGAAAAAGUCUGCUCAAGCGAGAAACCUUCCGAGUCCACCGAAACAGUAAACCAAGUUUCUUCACCAAUAAAGACCAUCUCCUUCACGUGCAACAAUACCGAUUCGCAUGAAGAAGUAUCGAAAACUCUAGAAAAGCAAGAAUUAUCAAAGAUCAAGCUGCCUCAAAGGUCUCAUAGAAGAGUGACAGAGGGUUGGAAACCACCUGAUGCAUGGGCAUGUUUAUCAGACGAAGAAUUCAAAGCGCUUAAAACAAAAAGUCUCGCCCGGCCUGCCAAGAAUCAUACUAAUCAGCCACCUUCUAAACAAGCCCCGUCCACAGUCUUUGAAUUGUCCUACUUACAACGCAGUAUCCGGAGAAUGGAGGCUGCAAGCCCAAAAAUAGUGCUUGAAAGGCUCAAGGAGGAAUGGAAUGAGAUUGCAGACGCCUCAGUGUAUCGAGAGUUGGAACUAGAAAGACAGCUAUGGAUGCUCACAGCCUUACGAGGCCUUAGGAAACCAGUUAGACAAGAUCAUUUUGAUACUGGCUUUCUCGGCGCUCAGAAGGUUCUAUCUCUUUAUGAAAAUCAUGCUUCGGCCUCUACUCUCUCAGCCAUUACUACUGCGAUAGAAGUAUAUCAUUAUUCUACAAUGCCACUAUCGCCCAAAAAUUACCCUAAUGUACAUCCGCAUGUGGUUGACAACUCGAUCUCUCGACUCCCAUUUCCAUCCAAUAAAUUUACAUCUAUUUCGGCAUUUUCGAUGACUUCAUACCUUCCUGCGUCUUCAAUACCUGCGAUUCUGAAAGAAUGUCAUCGCAUCCUGGUAUCUUCAACUCGCCCCUCUUCGCCAACUUUACCGGCCGGAGAUGAUGCCGAGAUAGGAACAGAGAAGCCCCAACUCACACGUGGGGGAAGUUUACAUCUCACCGUACUCGACCCUGCGCCAAUUCCUGCGACAGCCGGACCGCGCUUGAAAACUUGGCUGGAUACUCACCUUAUCUUAAAUCUUGAAAGACAAUUCCGCUGUAUUCAUCCCAGUCGGCUCUUCCCAGUUUGGCUCGCGGAUGCGGGACUUCAUGCUGAAGAAUCAGCCAUUGCUUACACUCGUUUUUUUGCCUCCGUCACACCCUCUAUUCCUACCCCACACUUGCCUAUGGAGGAUUCGAAAACACCGCAAGACGAGGAAGAGCCACUAGAUGAAAUCAAGCUUGAGUUGAAGUGUAUCGUUGGACGUAUGCUUUGGAAGGAGAUAUGGGGUGGAUUUGUACAGGCUCAGAAGUGGUGGUGGGAAGAGGAAGAGAUAUUGGAGGAGUGUGAAAGGCUGGGAACGUGUUGGGAGUAUGCGGUAAUUGAAGCUGUGAAGGAAGACUAG